AUGUCUUCUCAAAGAGUUAUUUCAGUGAACUCGAAUCCUUCACGUCCAAUUUGCAGGUAUUUUGUUAACGGAUGUUGUAACAGAGGGGAAAGUUGUCAUUUUUUGCACAUACAAGAAGAUAGUAGUAGUUCUCAAAGCAAUAGUAACAGUGAGGAUACUGCACAAUCCAACCAGAGUAAUGGGGAAAGUUCUUCCUCAACGUCGAAUAAGCCAAAUUCUAACUCGAGCCGCCAUAGAAAUAAGAGUGCUCCUGAAGAUUCACCGAUUUGCAGAUUCUUCUUGGAAAAUCGUUGUAUGUUUGGAGAGUCCUGUUGGAAUAGACAUGAAAAACCCGAGAAUGACACUAAUAUAGAGAGUUCUACUAGCACUAAUUGUAGUCAGAAAAAUGACUUGAAAAAUCCAAAAGACAAACAAAAAGCAAAAGAGGUUGUUGAAGAGGAGUAUACAUGUGCUAUUUGCUAUGAAACUCCUAAAAUGUUUGGAUUGCUUGUACAAUGCGAUCAUAUAUUUUGUCGCAAUUGUAUACAAGAAUGGCGCAAAACAAGUAACGUCUCAAGUCCUUUUCAAGAUGUUGAUACUACCAAGACAUGUCCCGUGUGCAGAAAGAAUUCUCCAUACAUUGUCCCAUCACCUCGUUUUGCAAAAUCAGGAACUCAAAAGGAUCAAAUAAUUUCAACGUAUAAAGAAAAAAUUUCUCGUAUCCCUUGUAAAUACUUUGAAGAAUCUAGAACAUGCCCUUUUGCUGAUGCUUGCUUUUAUCAGCAUGCUAAUCCUGAUGGAACGAGAUGCAACUUGGGACCUCCUAUCAAACGAAAGAAGAGAUCAUAUCUUUCAAGCAAUUUCAGAUACAUGUCAGACAGUGAUAUCGAUUUGUCUAUUUCUGAAAUUAUUGGUGGUUUACACUUUAACUUUUCUAGUUGGGACGUUGAAAUGGAAUACGAUGAGAAUACUGGUGGUUGGGGCGAUGCUGACGAUGACGACGAUGAGGAAGAUGAGAAUGAAGUAAUCAACUUGCGUGAAAACCAUUCCUGGGAUACUCCAACAACAGACUGGGAUACUCCAACGACAGACUGGGCUGGCAACACACAUGGGUGGGAUAGUUGGGAAACAGACAAUAUGGAAUGGUAG